AUGAUUAAAGAAAUUAUUUUUUUUAUUUUAACAGUUGAUUUUAUCAAUUCACAAUAUCCAUAUUUGGAAAAUAUUCAUUUUUAUAAUGAACCUAUAAGAAAUCUAGGAUUUCAAAAUCAAUUUAUUAAUCCAAAUUAUAUUCCAUUAACAGAACUUCAAAAAUAUCAGCUUAUUCAAAUGGAAAAAGCUGAAAAUGAUAAAUUGACAACAAAACCACCAUCAGUUUUUACCAAAAGUAAUAAUGUUGAAUCAUUUAUGGAGCGUUUAGCUGACAAAUUACCAGAAAUAACAGAAAAAGUUAUUAAAAUUAUUCCUAGAAAUUUUGAUAAAGACAGUUUUAUGGAUAUGAAACCAUUAAUAAAUGAAAAAAAAAUUUUAAGAAAGGCACAUGGAACUCAGAUAACUAGAUCUGAUAAUCAACCUGCCGAGAUGGUUGAAAUUAAUGAUUCUGAUGAUACAAUAAUCAAACCAAAUGAAGAAAUAGAAAGAACAGAAGACACAAGAGGAUCCCGUUACCCUAGACCAUCGCCUCCUGAUGGAACAUUUUCUUUUAUUGAUUCUUUACCAUCACCAGAUACAAUUUUUGGUUUUUCAAAUUUAUUUAACAAUAAUAAAAUAUCAAAAUCUAUUGAAAAUAAAAAUGAAAAUGAAAAAGAAAUUGACUUAAUUAAUAUUAAAGGAAUUCCAAUAGAAAAAGAUGAGGAUGAAGAAGUUAUAAGCUAUGAAAAACCAGAUGAAAAAAUUACUUCCUACAGAACAACUAAAUUCUCCCCACAACCACCACCACCACCACCACCAACAACAACAACAACAGCAGGUAUUGUAACAGGAGAAUUUGCUAAAAAUAUAUUAUCUAAAUUUUUAAAGCCUGAAUCUGAAUCAAAAACAAAAUAUGAAAUUACUGGUGAAAAGAAAAAAGAUACAGAACCAACACCAGAAAAUUUAAUAUCAGCAUUAUUAAAUGGAAAAUUAGAUAAAAUAGAUUGGAUUUCAGCAUUUUUAGGUGGCUCUGAAGAUCAAACAUCAAAUCCAAUAACACAACUUUUUAAAGGUGGAUUAUUUGGAAGUGCAACAAACUUUGACAGUCCAAUGGGAAAAAGUGGAAAAAUUGAAAACAGGGAGUUUCAUUAA